UACCCGCGCGCCGGUCUGCGGGGAGGGGCGGCUUGCCGAAGGGUCCACCCCGGGGCGUUCCUGAAGGGCGCCCCCACCGCCCACCAGAUGUACUAUGCGGUGUCCCAGGCGCGCAUGAACGCGGCCCCUGCGACCAUGCUGAGGCCACAGCGGCCCGGAGACGUGCAGCUCGGGGCCUCCUUGUACGAGCUGGUGGGCUACCGGCAGCCUCCCUCCUCCACCUCCUCUUCCUCCUCCUCCACGACGGUGCCCCUCCUCCCCAAGGCGGCGCGAGAGAAGCCCGAGGCGCCAGCAGAGCCGCCAGGCCCCGGACCCGGGCUCGGGCCUGGGACGCACGCGGGAGGCGGCUCCCGGGCGGACGUCAAAGAGGAACAGCAACAGCAGCUGCGGCGCAAGAUCAACAGCCGCGAGCGGAAGCGCAUGCAGGACCUGAACCUGGCCAUGGACGCGCUGCGCGAGGUCAUCCUGCCCUACUCGGCGGCGCACUGCCAGGGCGCGCCCGGCCGCAAGCUCUCCAAGAUCGCCACCCUACUGCUUGCCCGCAACUAUAUCCUGCUGCUGGGCAGCUCGCUGCAGGAGCUGCGGCGCGCGCUGGGCGAAGGCGCCGGGCCCGCUGCGCCGCGCCUGCUGCUGGCCGGCCUGCCGCUGCUGGCGGCGGCGCCUGGCUCCCUGCUGCUGGCGCCUGGCGCCAUGGGGCCCCCCGACGCGCUGCGUCCAGCCAAGUACCUGUCUCUGGCGCUCGAUGAGCCGCCGUACGGCCAGUUUGCACUCCCCGCCGGCGGCGCGGGCUGCGGCGUCGGUGGCCCCGGCCUCUGCACUUGCGCGGUCUGCAAGUUCCCGCACCUGCUCCCGGCCGGCCUGGGCCUGGCCGCGGUGCAGGCGCAGUUCUCCAAGUGAGCCCAGCCCGGCCGCCCAGCCUCUCCGCGAAACCGUGCCCUGUGCGCGGAGAGCCCGGCUGGUCAAGGAGGGCAUUCUGGUCCAGAGGAGGGGAAUUGGUGGGCGCCCCCUUCCAUGCCCCCACCCAGGGGAAAUUAAAGUGACCGGAGCGGAUGUUCGACCUUGCGACUGGGCUGCCUGGGGUUCCGGGGAGAUUCCAGCUACUCUGGGCACCAAGUGCACGCUCUCACCCCAUUCUCACCCAGCGCAGCCUCUGCAGCCCCUGGAGUUGUGCGCUUCGCGGGAGUGGCGGGGGUUUUAGGGCGCCGCGCGCUGGGUUCGGCUUGCUCCGGGUGCGGCGGGAGGCCAGCCCCAAGUGCCACCGCUCACAGAGGCGGCACCUACCAAGCCAGGGGCCGAGGGACUGCUCGCCAAGGGCGAAAGAAGGAUUCUUUUCCUUCUCCCCGGCCAGAGGUCACAGGCACACUUGUUCCCACUAGCCAAGCGCUGUCAACGGAGGCUGCCCCGCCUCAGGAAGCCGAGAACGACCAGUAGUCGGUGCAGACGGCCCCGAGCGUAGCCGGCUGACGGAUCCUCCGCGGCCGGAUAGUUGGCACGGCGGGGCGGCGGAAAGUGGAGGUGACGACCCCAGGGUGGUUUCGUGCGUUGGGCUAGGAAGUUGGUCCGCUCUGUUCUGCGGCUGUUCAGGUGCAGUUUUUUGAGAAUCGCACAAGCAGGUGUUUUGUGGCGGGGAUUAUUCUCUCCUAAAUCCUGGUAUAUUCUUUCGUAAAA